AUGUCCACUUCGAUACCGAAAUUCAAACUGAACACCGGAGCGCAGAUUCCUGCGAUAGGUUUAGGUACCUGGCAGUCCAAGCCCGGGGAAGUCCAAAGAGCCGUUGAGCAUGCCAUUGAAGUUGGAUAUCGCCAUAUCGAUGCUGCAUACUGCUACGACAACGAAGAUGAGGUUGGUAAGGGCCUCAAGGCCGCCCUCGCUUCGGGCAAAGUUAAACGGGAGGACAUCUUUGUGACCACGAAGCUGUGGUGCACUUACCACACUCGGGUUGAACAGAACUUAGACCUCAGCUUGAAGGCAUUGGGUCUUGAAUAUGUCGAUCUUUACCUUUUGCACUGGCCGGUCGCUAUGAAUCCAAACGGAAACGACGAAAGGUUUCCGAAACACCCCGAUGGUUCGCGCGAUGUGACCGCUGAACGAUCACACGUCGACACCUAUAAGGACAUGGAGAGACUCGUGGCAACGGGCAAGACGAAGGCCAUCGGCGUCGCAAACUAUAGCGUCCGAUAUCUCGAAGAACUCCUCCCCAAAGCUUCCAUCGUCCCUGCGGUGAAUCAGAUCGAGAACCAUCCCUUGUUACCCCAGCAAGAAAUCGUCGAUUUCUGCAGCAACAAGGGCAUACACGUCACUGCAUACAGCCCUCUUGGAAGUUCAGGCGGCCCGCUUCUCCAGCUACCGGCGAUUCAAAGGCUAGCAGAGAAGAAGAGUGCCUCGCCUGCCGCGGUAUUACUCAGCUGGCAUGUGUCCAACGGCCGCUCCGUGCUGGCUAAGUCUGUUACGCCCAGUCGAAUCGAAGAAAAUUUGAACUUGGUGGACUUGGAUGAAUCAGAUCUCCAGGAAAUCGAUGAUGUUAUUGAGACUUGCAAGAGGACUACGGGCUUCACUCGCUACGUAUAUCCACCAUUUGGUGUUGAUUUCGGCUUCCUGGAUAAGUCUUAG